AUGCCUUCUGUAUGUCUUUAUAAAGAUUUUAAACAUUUGACAUAUGGUCGUAUAACAUUAAAAGAUUUUGAACGUCAAUCAAGUAUACUUCUUGGAGAACGUAUAAAUCUUCUUGUUCCAUUUUAUUCUUCAUCAAAUAAUUCUUUAAAUACAAAUAGUAAUGAAUUGAUUAUUGAACUUCGUCGUGAAAUAGAAACAUGUCGUAUUACAAUUGAUGAACUUCCAACAAAAAUUUUAACUUGUGAAAAAUCUCAACGUUUAGCAAAUGUAGUUGAACUUGAAUAUGAAGAUUUACUUAAAUUUUUAUAUGAACAAUUACAUCAAUAUAAAAUAAAUGAAAUAAAUCAAUUAAAACAAAUACGAACAAAUGAUCAAUUAAUACAAAAAUUAUUUAAUUAUUUAUCAAUUUAUGUUAAUAAACCAAAUGAUGAACAUAUAUUCGCUCAACUUAAAUUUGAACAUGAACAACAACAAAAAUUAAAUCAGAACAGUAAUGAUAUAUCAAUUAAUAAAUAUCGACAACAAUUUUAA